UCAAAAUGGCGGUAAACGGCGGGAAAAGGUGUUCACAGAUAAACAUGCUGUGACAAACAUGUUAAAACAAAACUGUUCAAGGAAAGUUAGGAAUGAAAAGUAGUGGGGGAGGAAAGGUAAUAAGAACUCUUUCACAUGAUUAAUUUGUUAGGGGAAUUUUUUCUAAUGAGCGUGUUUGCAAUACCAAAUUAUGUGCUUAAUUUUGAAAUUUUUAGGGCUUAUUUGUAAAUUUUUCUAUGUGUAUGUUACAUAUUUGCCUCGGUGAUUUGUUCUUAUUGUCGAUGUGUUCUCUCAGGCGUCCAAGGCAUCUUUGUUGGCACGAGGUCUCCCCACAAAAACUAAGCCACCUGCGUUUAAAAGGUAGAAAUGAUUCCAGGCGACUGUAUAUGUAUUGCAAUGUUGUGGUUUAAUGAUUUUGUUAGUUUAAAAUUACUUUGACCAGUUUGAUCUUUAUUUUCCAUAGUUUCAGAUUGUGAUAAUUAUUUAAGACAAAUGAAAAUAUAUCAAAGUUGUUCGAAACUGAAAAUGACAGAAAACAUUUAAUCCAUAUUGGCAACGUUUAAACACGCUAAAUAACGUACGGCUGUAUUGUGAGGGACGUUGUAGUUAUUAGUUUGUUACACAAAUGUUUGCUGCAGUCCUUGAAUUUAAGUCAGUGGAUGUUAAUGAAAAGCAGAUGUUGCAGGGUAUGAUGUUAAACAGUAAAUCUGUACAUUCUUGAAAUGGACGACUGAGGUAGUCGGGAAAACCUUGGAAAGUAAUCAGCAAAGUUCAUUAGCAAAGCGUUUUUGAACAACCCUCUUUCCCAAGUGGUUAGCCCUUUCACUCUUGAGAUCCGAAAAUUACUUCUCCUGUCUCAUAACAAAAAAUUUUCUUUUAUUCUUAAUUCUCAUUGCUUGUCAGCUUUAAGCAAAAGCGCAGAAAUUGAGGGGUAUUUGAACCCAUGUGGAAAUUGUGAGAUAAAAUCUUUAAAUAAGGGAAAAAAUGGAGGCCAUUCUUCUUUCCUUCACUUAUAGUGUGAGAGUGUUUCCUCUUAAAAGUAAUUUGCAAUUGCUCUUAUUGCCUCUGUAAGUGUUAAUAAUUUGACAAAAUGAAGAUUUGGAAAAUGGGUUGAACAAUCAGAUCUUUAUCCACUGACCUAAAUUCAAAGUUACAUUAUCAAUAUUGUUACUCCUAAGGUUUAAAGAGUUUGCAAGAACAGAGUAUACAAAUAAAGUGAAUUUUCUCAACCAUUUCUAGAGUCCCAAAAGGACAACAUAAAGCUGUUAAGGAGACCAAACCAGGUUAUAGUCUCUACACCUCAGAUUCAGAAGACCAGGUAUGUGAUCUUAAGAAAAAACAUUUUGAUAAUAGUUUGGAUGACUCUUUUUGUGUUUAAUUAUAUUGAUUCUCUCCAAGAACAUGUAAAUGAAGUUCUGUAUUUAGGUUCUAGUCAAAAUCUCUUAGUCUUGUUGUUGUCUUAGAAGAGAUCUUGUGCUAACAGUUAAAACUCUUAUUUAACAGGUUUCUUCAGUUGACCGAGGCUUGAACAGAUGUGCAGCUCUUCUGUCUAAUAUACUUGACAAUGAAGACAAAGGUAAAUAGGUUCUUCGGUUGAGUGAGCAAUUUAAUCAUGGUCUUGCUCUAAUCUCCAGAGGGUGGAGUCUGAUUACACUUAGGGCAAAUCCAGGGGUGGUUCAAGAGGUUGAGUCAAACCCUUUAAAUUGAAAUAAAUAAUGUUCAGUUAUGUGUGAUUUCUGACAAAAAACUUAAAUGUUGAUACCCUUACAUCACUUACAAAUACUGUAUGUAAACUGUUAGAUCUUUUUGUUUGGAUUUUUUAUACCCAAUGUCAUGUGACCAGUUUUCAUACUUGGAUUGUGCACAAGGUUGAAGUUUGCAGAAUGAGACUAAAUGGCCAUCUUGUUCUUCUCUUCACUUUUUUCUGGACUUUAAGCUUAUACAUCACAUUAUCAACUCCAAUAGGAUGGUCCCCCUUCAGCAGACAUUUAUCAGACUCCCUCUUCACUGAAUCCUGGAUCUGUCCCAGUGCAUGUUUAUCAUCUGGAGAACAAAUAUAAAAGACCUUCUGAACUCGAAAUUUCCGGCUGAUCUAAUUACAAUACAUGAUUGUAGUGCUUGUCAUGCAAUUCAGGGCUAGUCAUGGCUGUAAAUAUUUCAAAUUGACCUUGUGCAUCAAGUUUGAUUGGGAAUGAUAGUUUUUUAAUUAAGCCUUUACACCCUAAUAUCAGUAUGCAUUUUCUCUGUACUGUUUGGAGAAUCCUAAGGUGCUGACAUGGAGAAUUUGUUCAACAGUCAAGAGCUUCUUUAGUUGGUGAUCAUUUUCUCUAUUCUCUGACCUUAAAUGUCUGAUUCAGGGGUAAUAUUGUAGGGAGAAAUUAGAUACUAGUCAUUCUUAGGAGUGAACAUUUGAUGAUCAGAUGUACAUUUAAGUCAUGCUUUUCAUCAAGAACUGUAUUUGCAGGAGAGUACCGUAAACUAAAGGUAAUUAUCUUCCACAUCUAAUUAAAAAAAAGAUCUGGUCAUGAAAAUUCAGUCAGAGAAAUCUUCACUGUGGCUUAUGAAUUUUCCAGUCUCAAAUGCCUGAAUACUCUCUGAAUUGCACUCAACCCAGUCUCAGUGCUGUUGCAGACAGAAAAAAAGGCAAUCAAUGUUUACAGGUUCCUAUAGACUCUGAACCUAACAGGAAUUAAGAAGAGAUUCAUGUUACAUUGUUUUAUUCAGAUGGUACAGCUAAGUCCAAGGUGACAAGUUUGGGGAAACCUGUCAAGUCAUCUUUAAAAAGAGCAGGAGCAGCCUUGCAUCACCAAGUCAAACCAGACAAGCUUAGCACUCAGAGAACAAGAGUGUCAAGUCGAAAAGUUGUAAUUCCCACUGCAAAGACUGAUGACAGAGGUACAGGUGACAUUUUGUUAGUUCAUUGUGUGACAUCAAUCAGGUACAUAUACUUAUUAUCUAUGGUCAAGGCCAAUUCCAUCGCACCUAUUUUCAAUUUUGUGCUUGGUUUAUUAACAAAUGAUCUCAAUCAGAUUAUCUGGUUGUAACACAUUUUAGUGGUUCAGUUUAAUUAUUUACACAAUUCAAACAACAGCUGUACCCCUCUUUUAUGUCUUGCUAAGAAUUAAGUAAAAGAAAAUGGCCACUUAAAAUUUCAUGGAGUGCAUAACUUUCAAGUUGCAGUUAAAUGGAUUUAAACUUACUAAAGAUGUUUUCCUUUUAAGUGCGGCAAAUGAAAACGGUCCAGUUUCUUAUCGUGAUGAUGGAGAAAAAUGCUUAUCUGCAUAGACAAACGUUAUGUUUCAAUUACUUUAGGGACUGAGUAGUUUGUCAAGAUCUACAAUGUGUGUGUCAAGAAGUUUUAUUCUUAGUUUUUAAAGUUUCAUUGAAAUUCAUUUGUACUCCUACGGCUUGUAGCAAGUCCUUCGCCAUCAAGGCCUCAAGAAGUAAAGCAAGGAACAUCAACAGCUUACAAUGACCGCUUAGUGUCAUCUACACCAAUUCUCACUGCAGAGGAGCGACAGAAACAUCAACAGCUGCAAAAGCGAGAAGCAGAGUUGCAACAAGAACUGUCACAACUAAAGCAGCGUUAUGAGCUUCUGCAGGUACUGUGUUUGCAGAGAAAAUUUGGAGAAAUCACUCAUAAUAGUACUGCUGUACCCAUAUUUCAAACGCUUUGAGUACUUGAUCAAAAGUGACCCCAUAAACUAACACGACAACAAAAAGAAAAAAAAGCUUGGAGGGGAUGUCUGUAACUCCAUUACAUUCCACCCAGGUGGAUACGCCUGGUCGCUUCACGCUGCAGAAACAACCACCACUACGAAGGAUGAAAGAAAAAUGAAGAAAAAGCAAAACUAAUAAAAAUGAAAUACGGGGCAAGGAAUUAGUAAGGAAAGUCUUACUUGUCUUAAUAGCUAGGUAACGUUUGUGUUCAAUGGGUUAAUGUUCUUUGAUGUUCGUGAUCAUUUUAGAAACAGAACGAUCCCAACCACCACAUGGAACAAAAACUGCAACUUCAAAACUCGAUGAUGCAAGAGUUCGAUAGUCAUCAACAGAAACAACCUUUACAAAGGUCUGCCUGCCCCAGGCACUCAAAUGAACGACAGUCUGUGAGCAACUCUGAAAGUGAGAAACACUCAAGGAGACCUUCAGUGCGGAGAAGCCUGGACUAUUCAGGCUUCCCUGAAGUGAAAACUUCAGCUAGUGAUACUUCUGUUGAUGGUGGCUUUGACGAGCCCCAAGUAGGGAGUGUAUCAGAUACGAUGGGAGCGGAGGGUCGUGAGCGUGUUGGAGACGAAGAUCUGAUGCAUAAUAUGGAUGACUCGGUUACGCAAGAGGUUGACACUCCAGGAUCAAAGAAACAAGUCAGAAUCGUAUCACCCUCUGGAAAUACGUCACCUCCCGUUGAAAGAGAAUUCUUAGCGAGUGCAAGUCCACUUCAGAAUGUGUCCAAUUCUACAAACACAGAAAUUUCUGAAGGGAAAAGAACAAAACAAAUGACCACUCCAUCAUCUGUUUCUGCUCAGGCAAGCUGCAGAAGAGAAAAGGAUGGAAUAGAAAUGUCUUCUGCUGAAAAUCAGGCACGGAUGAUUCAGUACUUAAUCGAUGAACUCAGAGCACUCCUUGGAAAUACAGGUCAGUUUGGAUUAAUUUAGUAGAAGAGAAACUUAUAAUGUGGCAAGUUAAUCUAUCGUCGUUGAACUAGUUUGUUUUACGGGAGGUAGGAUUCUCAGUGAUGUAUAGAAGAGAUGGCUGGCUAUAUUUAUAGCACCCGAAUGGUCAGAUCCUUUCCUAAAACUGAAACUUCUGGGAUCUAGUGCCUUAUUUCUCUUUCUCCUCCUGAAUUCUCCCCAAUUUGUUUGUACAAUAGGUGAUUUGGAGGUAGAUCGUUUGCUUAAUGAAAUAGACGAUGCUGUAAAGCUUCUUCCCUAUCUCUUGGAGAAAGAUCACACUGCAUCUGUUUCGCAGGAAAUUGAACAAGCAGUACGAGCCUAUAAAGUUGAAAAUGUUCAGUUAAAAAGGUUUGUGUUGUUUGAGUCUUAAAAGUUUGUUAAUACCCCUUUGUAACGAGAAUCUAGACAGAAUGAACUUUUGAGUGCUGUUAAAAAUCGUCGAAAAUUUUCUUGCUCGAACAUUUUCGUAGAUAAAAUAGCAUCGUGAAGUAUGUUCUUUUUAAAAUAAUGAUAAAUAAUUUUUUCACUGCGCACCAUGAUGCAGAGUAAAGGUCGUUAAGGUCUGUUAAGAUCUUCAUGUUGCACUAAUAUGUGUAUUUCUUCAAUUUGUAGGAAGCUCCUUAUUUCUCACCAAAAGCUGAAAGAAGGAUCCGUAAAGAAACACGACGACAAAUCUUCUAGCAGGACGGAUCUUGCUUUUGAAUGUAAGCUCAUCUGUACUAAAAAUUUACUCGUUAGGAAGACUGCGAUACUUCGUCUUUAUUUAUGCAAUUAAGCGUGAUAAGCGAUGUCGUUAAGCAAAGUUAACAGUGAUGUAAGCUGGUGACGAAACAAAGCGAACUUACUCAAAGCAAUUUACCCUCGCUCCCAGAUUCACUCUUUUCCUCCCUAGGAACGAGGGCGGAAAAAAAUCUACCUCAAGUGCGGAAAAGUGCAUAUAAACCGAAAUUUUUUUCUGAUGAUUUUAAAAUAACGUGUAGCUCCUGCUGAUCAGAGCAAUUUCCACGGCUUUCUUCCAAUCAAACAAAGACAACAAUUGUCACCUCAACAAACAUUACAAAUGCUGCUUUUCUCAUUGCUAUCCCCUAUAGCGUACAGCAACCUCCUUUACGACCUGUCUUGUCACGAGUUUCCUGUUUCCUGUUCGGUGUUAGAAGAUCCAACCGGCAACCGCAGGAUAUGAACCACGACUCAUAUUGUUUCCGUUUUCCCACACUACUGAAUUGAUUUUAUUUAAACCGAAACGCUGCAGGAUUUACUCAGUUUUCAUUUAUGCCGUGUGCCUUUUUUGUAUCUUAGUGGCAGCUUGCAGGUCGGUGAACAGUGUACUCCAGAAACAACUAACAGAAGAAAAAGACAAUAAGGAGCAGAUACUCACAGAAAGGGACCGACUCUCGCAGGUUAAAAACUCUGAUAAAGAAUUGAUUUUUCCAUAUGGCUGACACCUAGAUAGGGUAUGAUCUGGCGAAUUCUGUGUUCUCCUCCUUCGAAGAAUGAAACCAGAAAAGAGUUUUUUUUCAAUGGAAGCUCAGUUUGAUAAAAAUACAUGUAUGAAUUAUCGUUACAGUACCCAAAAUGUCGCACAUUUUAGAUUGAAGAAUAACAUCUAUAUGUAUUCAUAUCUUACGUUAUCUUUGUUCACCUCAAGCUUGAUCGUUGUACGUUCUCUCUCUUUAUUUUUCUCGUCUCUGAAUUGUCAGAACCUAAAUGAACUGAAAGAGGAGAGAAAGAAGUUUCUACAAAUUCUAUCAAACAAGGUAAAUAUACGGCUAAGAAUAUAUGAAAGUCAUAUUUGAACUGCGGAUAAAGACGUGAAUGAAAGUGAUACUCGCGGUAAUGUACACUACUUGAGCAGUAGUGAAAAUAAGGCCUGAAAAAAAUUCAGGCCUGUACGGGAUUUGAACCCAUGACCUCUGCGAUACCGGUGCACCGAAUUUUUUUCAGGCCUUAUUUUCACUACUGCUCAAGUAGUGUACAUUACUGCGAGUAUCACUUUCAUUCACAAACAAGGUAAAAUUAAACAAACCAUCUCAGUCUUUUAGUUUCCUCGUGAAGAGGGAAAAAGAUGACAUUGUUUUUAGUUUAAUCAUGUGCUCGACUGAUAAAACUUUUCUUUUCCGCUUGGACAUGUUACGCGCUUAUUUUUCUUGUUACAACUUUCAAAGCUUUUUCCCCUCAUUAUAAUUGACGCAUGCUAUCUUUUGAGGGCGUAUUAAUAAGUUUUUUGUACCCUGCAGGAACAAGAUUAUCUGAGGUUGAAACGAGAAUUACAGCAAGAUUCGUCCAAACUGAAUGCUGGUUGGUUUAUCCUAAAUGGCAUAUUUUCAACCUAGGAAAACACAUUAGUCGCCUUUCUCAAUGCAAUUUUUCUGAAACUUUGUUUUAAUGAACCAGAACUGAUUUAACUGAGUGAACUUGAAACGGGUUUGAGGUGAAAUAAGUGAACUUUUUUAUUCAGUCUUAUUUAUCUGCACGGUUAUCAGCUUACACCCAUUUGAAUCAAACAUUUUCAUAUUCACAAGUGUGCGCACAAGGAAGGUUUCUAAGGCCAAUAAAACAAGCAGUUUUCAAGUAAAUGGGAAUUUGCAGAGACCUUCAUCACAUUAUAUCGCUAUAUCUCCAUCUAUAAAUGUGUUUUGAAAUCCUAAUAUAUGGCUCAUUAAACUUAGCCUGUUAUGAAAAUCGAGUUUAUCUCUCUGUAAUAGCACAGCCAUAUUUUUACAGAAAAUAAGAAGCUUAAAGCAGAUCUCGAAGCUGUUUACCUUUCAACGGAAGCAGAAAAGAAAGAAGCCACCAUCCUUGGUCUUUCUUUAAAACAGAAAGAUGCAGAAAUAGACAGACUCAAAGAACUCACCAGGUAAGUUAAGUUUAAUAUUUUUCACUUGCAUAUUGACCUGUUGAUUCCUAUUUAACACAUUGUGUACACAUCUUAUUCUAUAACUAACAGAGGGCUUCAACAAUCUCUUACCCGCUUGCUGUCAGAUAUAGAACAGUUCCAACCUAAUGGUCCUUUAAGGCUGGGAAGCAUGUUGGAUAAAGCCAUCGCAUUGGAAGGUUUAAAUGCAUUUUUAGGGAGUGGCCUCCAGACCGCGUAAGUAAGGUUUAUCUUCUUACAUUUUUUUGUUUCUAAAUGACAUGCUCGCGAAGCUAAAAGCAACUUACCAAUUGAAACGAUUGAUGUCUUUGAGAAAAACAUUGAACAGUACCUUUGUGCCAUAGCCUCCUAUGCUAUGAUCCGAAAACUUUAAUGGAAGGUGGGUGUGUCAUCUCUCCAUUUUUUCCUUUCUUCUGUUUGAUUUGAAAAAGACUGUAAUUUUCGAGUUCAAAGUUCUGAAUUAUACCUUUUAUGGUGUGCCUGCUUCUAUUCUUUUUGAGACGUGGUGGCGCCCCAUUCAUCUAUCAAGGCAAAACUGAAAAGAGGAGGCUUCGAUUUCUGAAUACAAUCAAGUGGUUCUUGUUUUCGUUAUCACAAAGCGGUCAACUUAAAUGCAACUUAUAAUUUCGAUAGGCAGUCUAAUGUGUGGACCUAACUACUCUUCAGGGCCCAGUUGUUCGAAGGCUGAUUAGCGGUAACCCAGGGUUAAAAUUUUUUCCAGGUUUCUUUGUCCCUUUGUUUGAAAGUCUUUCUCUGAUAAUUUUCUCUCUUCUUUGAAGGGCAUCCAGUCAUUAAAUUAUAGACAAAAAUGGUUGUACUGAAUUUUCUUUUAAAGCUUUCAGAUCUUAAACUAGAUUUCACACUAACCCUGAGUUAUCUUAACCAAGCUUUGAACAACCACGCCCAGAAUUCAAAAAUGUAAUUUCAAGAGAAGAAAGUAAUAUUUGGUGUUCUUUCCUAAGCCGACCUUUUGAUUAAAUCCUAAAUUUUCUAUGUCGCCAACCGACGAUAUACUGAAGUAGCACGACCACCGACUUACGGGUCUAUUUCUUCAUUCCUAUAUUAUGCCCUUCGAUCGCACUGUCUUGGGACGACUGGUUGACCCAAGGCAUCCGCAAAAAGUGCUUUUGCAUUAAUUUUUUGGGCAAGCAAAGUUUACUAUGUCGAAAUGUCGAAAUACUGAUUCAACAGUCUGUACAGUAAUUAAAAGAAUACAUAUAUUUUUUUUCCUUCAGAGGCCAAGCAACGACCCCAGGUCUCUCCUCUGAGGUUUUACAACUUGCAAUACGAGAUAACAGAAACCCUAUAUCUCCAAGUCGGCCCGAAAAAGCAAUUACUACUCCUGAACAAUUGCCGUCGUUCAGUCAAGGUGUGGUAUCAACGGGGAAAGUUUCCAGAAAGGGUAAUGAUGUGAAAUACAAAAAACAGUUACGAUUUGCAGACGCUACGCAGAACACCUCUACGCAUGCGGAUGGAAUUGAAUCAUGGGAAGACGGUUUGAAGGUAGAGGACAAAGAAAAUGGCGGGGAUUUAUCUUCCCUUUCAUCAGGAGAAGAAGAAGAUUUCAAGAGAGAUUUAGCGAAUCUUGACGCUAAUAUUGCAAGGAUACAGAAAAGUUUGCGAGAAACCGCUUAUAGAACUUGACAUAAGCCGACGUUAAGUCGCAGUCUGGAAAUAAAUUAACUUGUUAAGAAGAACUUAUCGAAGUUUUCAGACAAGUCGCCCAUUUUCGCACACAUUCACAUUAUGUAAAAGUUUGUUAAAUAUAUACUUAAUUACUUUUUUAAACGUAUUGACUUAGUUCUCAGAUGCUGUAUAAGAAAC